CAUGGUCAUUCCUUCCUCAUUCCACCGCCGCGCAGAGCGGAAGCUCCAAACGACAUGCUUCUGAACGCCGCGACCUCUGAGCUCUCUCUCUCUCCGCUCCCCGCCGCCGCCGCCGCCGCUCUUCGGGCAACCCCCAGUCCCUCCAUGCGCGGUUCCCUCUCUCUCCUCCGCUCCCUCUCCCUCUCCCUCCAACCCCACCACCGCGGCGGCGGCCGCCGCGACGCUCUGUCGCUCCUCGGCCACUCGCGGCGGCGACUCUCUUUCGCCGCCCUCCGCCUGCCCUUCUCGCGGCUCCCCCUUCUGGGUUCGCCCCGCGCCUCUCCCGCUUCGCUGAGUAGUUCCGUCGAACAGGUGGCGGACAGACCCGAUUCUGACGAGAACUGUGAGCUCGCGAGCGGGGGUGGUGAAGCCGAUGGGUUCAGCUUCGAUAUGGGGUCCGUGGGGAGUGACACGAGGCGAGUGGUGUCGCCCGCGGUGGAGGUUAAGGAGCUGGAGGAGAUGCCGGAGCAGUGGCGGCGGGCGAAGCUGGCGUGGCUGUGCAAGGAGUUGCCGGCGCAAAAGGCGGGUACUUUGGUAAGGAUUCUGAAUGCGCAGAGGAAGUGGAUGAGGCAAGAGGAUGCCACUUAUGUGGCUGUUCACUGUAUGAGGAUCAGGGAGAACGAGACUGCCUUCAAGGUGUACAAGUGGAUGAUGCAGCAACAUUGGUAUAGAUUCGAUUUCGUGCUUGCAACAAAGCUUGCCGAUUACUUGGGUAAGAACCGGAAAUUCACGAAGUGUAGGGAGAUGUUCGAUGACAUAAUAAACCAGGGACGGGUUCCCAGUGAAUCUACUUUCCACGUUCUCAUUGUUGCAUAUCUGAGUGCACCCAUUCAAGGUUGCCUUGAGGAAGCAUGUAGUAUUUACAAUCGCAUGAUCCAGUUGGGAGGGUAUCAGCCUCGACUUAGUUUGCACAACUCUCUAUUCAGAGCUCUGGUGAGUGGCUCAGGAGCCUUGUUGAAACAUCAUCUUAAGCAAGCCGAAUUCAUAUUCCAUAAUUUGGUGUCAUCUGGGCUUGAGAUACACAAAGAUAUUUAUGGGGGUCUCAUAUGGCUGCAUAGCUAUCAGGACACCGUAGACACAGAGCGGAUCGCACAACUUAGAAAGGAGAUGCAAGAAUCUGGAAUUGAAGAGACUCAAGAGGUGCUUCUGUCUGUACUGAGGGCUUGCUCUAAGGAGGGGAAUUUAGAUGAAGCCGAAACAGUUUGGCUCAAACUUCACGAUUUGGGUGAAAAACUUCCUUCUCUAGCUUAUGUGUACAAAAUGGAAGUCUAUGCGAAGGUUGCAGAUCACGUGAAAUCUUUGAAUUUAUUCAGGGAGAUGCAGGAGCGUUCGGGUUCCGCCACCGUGGCAGCGUACCAUAAAAUUAUAGAAGUGAUUUGUAAAGCUCAAGAUGUGGAAUUGGCAGAAUCUCUCAUGGAAGAGUUCAAGAAGAGUGGUCUAAAGCCGCUUGGUCCUUCUUUUGUUGAUAUGAUGAAUAUGUAUUUCAACUUAGGCCUGCAUGAUAAGCUGGAGUCAGCUUUCUCCCAGUGCCAAGAGAAGUGUCAGCCAAAUCGUGUAAUAUAUGGCAUAUACUUGGAUUCUUUGGUGAGGAUCGGUGACAUUAGCAAAGCCGAGGAGAUUUUUAGUGACAUGCAUAGUAGUGGAGCAAUUGGCAUCAGUGGACGUAAUUGCAACUCCAUUUUAAGUGGGUAUUUGUCCGCUGGAGACUAUCUGAAGGCAGAGAAAUUAUAUAAGCUUAUGUGUCAGAAAAAAUAUGAAAUUGAACCGGCCUCAAUGGAAAAGCUUGACCCUAUCCUUAGUUUAAGAGGAAAAGCUGUUAAGAAGCCGGUGAGCCUCAAGCUGACCAAAGAGCAAAGAGAAAUUUUAGUAGGCAUGCUCUUAGGUGGUGUACAAAUAGAUUCUGAUGAACAGAGAAAAAACCACAUGAUCAAGUUCAAGUUCAAUGAGAAUUCUGGGAUGCAUUCUGCUCUGAAGAGACAUAUAUAUGAACAUUACCAUGAGUGGCUACAUCCUUCUUGCAAGCUAGAUGAUAACUCCAAUGAAAUACCAAACAGCUUCUCCACCAUUUCUCAUUCAUAUUUUGGUUUCUAUGCAGACCAGUUUUGGCCCAGAGGGAAACCAGUGAUUCCAAAGUUAAUACAUCGGUGGUUGUCACCUUGCGUCCUUGCGUACUGGUACAUGUACGGGGGUUACAGGACAUCGUCAGGAGAUGUAUUGCUUAAACUUAAAGGAAGUCAAGAAGGAGUCGAGAGAGUUGUUAAGGCGUUAAAAGCAAAGUCCUUGGAUUGCAGGGUCAAGAGGAAAGGACAAGUUUUUUGGAUAGGUCUACUAGGAAGCAAUUCUACGUGGUUUUGGAAAUUGAUCGAACCUUACGUACUGGACUUAAAAUUUGAUCAAGAGGAUGAUGGAGAAAUCCUCAGCUUCAAUAGUGGUUCUGACUCUGAUACUGAUAACACUGAAGAGGAUAGGUAGUGGAGAAGUUCAAGUGAAGUUUGUUUUUCUAUCUUGAUAUCAUUGCAUUGACUUCACUGUGAGAAAUUCCCACCCUCCACCCUAACACUGCAAUUUGUGAUGAAAUCUAGGAAAUCAUGUGCAAUGAUUGGUGAAGGAUUGCGGCCUUUAUGACAUUUUGAGUUCAUCUGAAGCUAUAUGUAUAUAUAAAAUGUAGAGCAAGAUUUUACAGAGCGAAAGUGUGAUGCACUAAAUUAAAUUUGUUUCCUUUCAAUUCA